AUGGCCAUCCGUCCCAUCUCUGAUGCCGCCGCCGAAAAGGCAGCCGCCUCGAUACACCAACCCAGAGACCCCAACACGCUAUCCAACUACAACGCUUGGAGGACGAAGCGUACCACCGCCGACUUCAACAUCGACUUCGACGCCAAGAAAGUCGUCGGCCAUGUUACCCUUUCUCUCGCUCGACUGGCCAAAGAACCCAAGAUUGUCCUCGACACCAGCUAUCUCGACAUCACCAGCGUCGAAGUCGCCGGCAGCAAGGCCGACUAUGAGCUAGCACCGUCCCGGAUGGAGCCAUACGGCAGCCCUCUGACCAUCCAAGUCGACGACAAGCACGCCAACGAGGACGAGUUGGACGUCCGUAUCGGCAUGCAAACCACCAAAGACUGCACGGGCCUGCAAUGGUUCGACCCAGCUCAAACGAGCAACAAGAAGCAUCCUUAUAUGUUCUCCCAAUGUCAAGCUAUCCACGGCCGCUCCCUCUUCCCCUGCCAGGAUACUCCAGAUGUGAAGUCGCAGUACACCUUCAACAUCCGCUCUCCGCUUCCUGUCCUUGCCUCUGGCCUCUCCACCGGUGCGAGGGACUUCCAACCCGGCAAGGAUGGCAAAUCAGGCCCUCGAUCGACGGUCUGGACCGGGCCAGAGGAGCUACAAGAAUGCCAGUGGGAGUUUGAACAUGACACCGAGCCCUACAUCCAAGCCGCAGAGAAGAUCGUCUACCCCUACGCCUGGACGACCUACAACGUCCUCGUCCUUCCCCCCUCCUUCCCCUACGGAGGCAUGGAAAAUCCCAUGUACACCUUCGCAACCCCAACCCUCAUCUCCGGCGACCGCCAGAACGUCGACGUCAUCGCCCACGAGCUCGCGCACUCCUGGUCCGGCAACCUGGUCUCCAACGCCUCGUGGGAGCACUUCUGGCUCAACGAAGGCUGGACCGUCUAUCUCGAGCGCCGUCUACAGGCCGCAGUGCACGGGGGAGAUCAGUACCGCGACUUCAGCGCCAUCAUCGGGUGGACGGCGCUCCGCGAGGGGAUUGAGAGGUUCGGUGAGGAACACGAAUUUACGAAACUGAUUGUCGAUCUCAAGGGCAAGGAUCCCGAUGAUGCGUUUUCGACUAUUCCAUACGAGAAGGGCUCGACGUUCCUAUACUAUCUCGAGAAGCUUGUUGGGAAGCAGAAGUGGGACAAGUUCAUCCCGCACUACUUCACCACCUACAAGGAACGAAGCGUCGAUAGCUACGAGUUCAAAGCCACCCUCCUUGACUUCUUCGCCUCGGACGCCGACGCCUCCAAAAAGCUCAACGAUCUCGACUGGGACACAUGGUUCUACAAGCCCGGCUACCCACCCAAACCCGACUUCGACACCACACUAGCAGACCAAUGCUACGCCCUGGCCGAGAAGUGGAAAUCCCUCAACUCCUCCUCCUCCUCAGACUUCACCCCAUCCCCCUCCGACAUCUCCAACUUCACCGCGAACCAAAUUGUAGUCUUCCUCGAAGCCCUCCUCGCCCCCUCCCCUCCCCUCACCCCCUCGCUCGUCGAGAAAAUGGGCUCCGUCUACGGUCUCGCCGCCUCCAAGAACGUGGAGCUAGUCUCGCGCUACUACCUCGUCGGGCUCCAAGCGAAGACAGAAAGCCUGUACGAGCCAGCGGCGGAGCUGGUAGGGAAAGUCGGAAGAAUGAAGUAUGUGCGCUGGUUGUUCCGGGAGCUGAUGAAGGUGGAUUUGGCGUUGGCGAGGAGGACGUUUGAGGGGAAGAGGGAGUUUUACCAUCCGAUUUGUCGCGGGAUGGUGGAGAAGAUGUUUAGGGAGUUUGAGGGGGGUGGGGAGGUCAAGUAG